ACAUUUUAAAACGAGAGAGAGACAGAGAGACGUAAGUGAGGACAAUAUGCAAAAACCUUAAGUCAGUAGAAGAAAACCAGAAACUCUAAAGCAUGAAGGAAAAGAAUUGUAGUUCACCCUCCACAUGAAAAUCAGACAGAAAAGCGUUGAAAGAAACCGUUUCUCAUCUUAGCAGAUAUCAUUUCUAUGUACUUUCUUCUUUUGUGGUUUUACUUUGCUGCCUGUGUUGUUGCUAUACUCAUACAUCUGCAUCUCAUUUUAUCUCUUCACUCUCUCAACACACUUAUAUUAGUCCAUUAUACACAGUAUACUGUUACUACUUUCCGUGCUACUUUCACUAACAUUCACUGAUGUCUAUGAAACGUAUAUGUUUGUGUCUCUCUCAUUCUUACUAUUUCAUCUAACACACCGAUUUCGUCACUGUGUAAUGAAAAUGUUAUCAUCUUCCACAUCGUGCGAUAAUAUCAAUAUUAAUGAUUUUCUUCUAUCCGCUUACUCGCAUCGUACAACAUUUAUUUCAAAUUUAGAUAAAGAUGAACAGUUUACCUUACAUUUCUUACAACAUCGUAACAACAUUAUCAUUCGUCUUGCAGAUAAAAACGUUGAUUAGAGUUUCUAGUUUUCUGCUACUGACUCAACGUUUUUGAAUUUCUUUCUUUGCUCUAUCUGUUGUCAUAAUGCGUUGAAGAAAACUAAAAGAUGUUUUAUGAUUAUUUCAAAAGGAAAAUUGGCCUAAAUUACGCUACAUGGCUCUUAACUGUGCUAUUAUAGUUUUCGUCAAGAUCAAUCAGGUCGCACUCUUCACUUCUCUCUAAUCAUCAUAAAAAAUAUAUAUGACACAGAAAAAGAAAAAGAAACGAUGUUUAUUCUACCUGAAAGUAUUUUAGCAUAUUGUCCUCACUUACGUCUCUCUGUCUCUCUCUCGUUUUAAAAUGUUGUGGAAAAAAUAUAUAUAUUUUUAUCUCUCAAAAUUAAACUUCUUUUUGGGAUUGAUCCAUGUUGAAGUUGUUUUCUUUUUAUAGGUAAGAUUGACAUGUUUUAUCAUUAGCUAAAAUAUAGAAUGAUCCGCAAGAUGAUGUUUUUGGCUCAAUUGUUGUUAAAGAUUGUAAUCUAACAAUUGAAAAAAUUCCCUAUCAAAUAACUGUUGUAAAAUUUCGAAUUCGUAUACUUAAAACGGGUAAAGUUGGAACAGAAUUAUUAAAAUUUAAAACAGAUUUUAGAAAUGAAACGAUACAGGGUUUGUAUGAAGAUUUAAGAAAUAAAUAUGGUGUAGUUUAUCCAACAACAAAGCAAUGUCAACAAGUUGCAUUGGCGUUAAUUACCACUUUACCAGCCUUAGCUGACACAGUUAUCUCCUUUGAUGAUUCUGCUACGGAUUCUUGGAUAGAGUCUUUGAAGGAUAAAUUUCGACAACUACGUUCAAAUCAAAAACAUCAUCACUCUUUACUUGUAUCAUCAAAUAUAAUAUUUAAAAAAUGUCAUAAUCCAUCGGGACGUUCGGUUAAGCCAGUUGCUGCCACCACGGCCACACGUUUUAUUUCUCAAGCUUUUAAUUCGACUGUUCGUGAUACAAUAGACGAUGAUGUAACUAUGUCACAUCAUGUAAAAGAUAUGGAAAGUCUUAGUGAAGAUAACGAACAACCUGAAAUGGAAACACUUUUAGCUAAAGCAAAAUUAACAGUUGAUGUUUGUACGAAAUUUAUUACUGCAGCACAUUCUGUGUCCGAUUAUUUCGUGAAAUUUCCAGCUAUGAACAUUUCACAACUUGUAAACAAUAAAAAUUUUGUUUAG